GUUAUGUUAUUUAAUGUGAUUAUUAAAGACAGUAAAACGAUAUUACUUGUGAUAAAUUCAAUUUCAUGUACAAAAAACUCUAUGUCCUACUAAUUUCACUACCCAAUUAUUUACUGUAAUAAAAGCAGUGCAAUAUUGAGGAUAAGUGCAACCUCAAAAACUAUUACUCUUCACCGCGUUUUAAGUUAUAAUAAUAAUUAACUUUCUAUACCGAACUUACAAAUAAACACAUUGCGAUGGCUGGAAAAACUAAAAAGAUACAGUUGCCCAAAUCGGUACUAGAAAUGAAAUUCAUGAAAAAAACGAGAGAAAGGAUAGAAAAAGAAAUAGAAAACACUCAAGAUCAUGGCAGUUUAUACUCCAAUAUAAUAACAAAUGAAAUGAGAAGUGCAUCUGGCAAUUUCAUAUCUGAAUCAAGUUUUAUAUUUUGUGAGACAAUGCUUGAAGGUCGGUUAUCAUUUAAGGGUAUGAAUCCAGAGAUAGAAAGGCUCAUGGAGUUAGAAAAUGCAGAUAAAAAUGAACAACCAAGCAGUGAAAUGGUAAAAGAUGUCUCAGAUGAAAUUUUAGCAAAGAAAAUGGAAAAGUUCAAUAAGAAGAGACAAAACCGGAAUCCUGACAAUGAGGCAACAAAUAGUAAAAGAAAAAAGCUUAACAAUUAAUUUGUGACUUUG